UAACCGUAAAAUCAUUUGAAAAUGUCUGGUCGUGGAAAAGGUGGCAAAGUCAAGGGAAAGUCAAAGACCCGUUCCAGCAGGGCUGGACUUCAAUUCCCCGUUGGUAGAAUCCAUCGUCUUCUCCGCAAAGGAAAUUAUGCUGAGAGAGUAGGAGCCGGAGCUCCAGUUUACUUGGCAGCUGUCAUGGAAUAUUUGGCCGCCGAAGUUUUGGAAUUGGCUGGAAAUGCUGCCCGUGACAACAAAAAGACGAGAAUCAUCCCUCGUCAUUUACAGUUGGCCAUCAGAAACGAUGAGGAAUUGAACAAACUUCUCUCUGGUGUUACCAUCGCUCAGGGUGGAGUUCUGCCGAACAUACAGGCUGUUCUUUUACCCAAGAAGACCGAAAAGAAAGCAUAAGUUUGAGAUAAUAAUAUACAAUCGGCCCUUUUUAGG